CUCUCUCUCUCUCUCUCUCUCUCUCUCUCUCUCUUCUGCUUCUCAACUUCACGUGGUGAUCAAACUUUCACCCCUUCGAAUCCCGCAUCGGCCUAUAAUCAGUUCUUCUCUCCUUCUCUCUCUUCUCUGGAUUUAUCAAAGUUUAAAUCUUUUUCUCUCUCUACGUGGUGAUAUACCUCUGCGAACAGGUGUUACAGAAAUGAAGGCAUCACAGCCACGUAGAAAUCUUUCAUCUCCGGAGUCCGCCCCUUCCAUUGACGUUUCCUUCUCUUUGGGUUGGUACCCAUUAACGUCAAAACUCAAACCAUUAUUCCCCAUCCAAAGCUUCAUUGCCUUUCAGGGUUUCAUCCAUGGCGCUCUCACCGCCUUUCCCUCUCUACCCAUCUCCACUAUCUUCCCCCUCCAAAUGUUUCCCUCACACAUUCAGCAUUCAAGACGACCCACUUGUCCAAUUUCUCGCACAUAUUUGGUACACACCUUCUCAGACAGAAACCAUGGUGUUCUCUCUCUUUCCUUGGAAACAGCGAGCUCUACCAAAAGUCAGAGGAAUACAAGCUCCAAUGGAAAGAUGAGCUUGAGUGGGGAAAUUGUUCUGCUUUCACUUCUGAAAAUAUCGGUGAUGUUGGGUAUUUUCAGGAUCUCAUUGAUUGCAGAGUGAUCGACAAUAUUCGAAUGCUCAUUGUGGAUUCAGUUCAAAAUGCAAAGGCAGGGCACCCUGGAAUGGCUCUUGGGAUGGCUGAAGUGGGUUAUAUUCUUUAUAGGCAUGUAAUGAAUUAUAACCCAAAAAACCCAAAUUGGUUCAAUCGGGACCGGUUUGUUCUGAGUGCUGGCCAUGGCUGCUUCCUUCAAUACCUUGCCUUCAUCUUGUUGGGUUUCAGUCAGUUCAGGUAACAAAAUCUAUGAAGAACAGAAGGGGAAAUAAUAUGGUGGCAUGAGGUUUCUGAAGAGAACUGGUCAGAUAAAGGAGGAUAAUGACAAGUUAUUUGGACCGCCGUUAUUCAAGAUUGAAGAUUUGAAGCGUCUAUGUAAAUUGGGGAGUCGCACUCCUGGUCACCCAGAGAAGGAUGUAACUGCUGGCAUUGAAGUUACAACAGGCCCCCUUGGGCAGGGAGUUGCAAAUGCUGUCGGCCUGGCUCUUGCUGAAGCGCACCUGGCUGGACGUUAUAAUAAACCUGAUGCGAUCAUUGUUAAUCACCGGACGUACUGUAUCAUGGGUGAUGGGUGCGCCAUGGAAGGUAUUUCAAAUGAGGCAGCCUCAUUGGCAGGACAUUGGAAGCUCAACAAGCUCACAUUGAUAUAUGAUGACAAUCAUAAUACCAUAGAUGGGGACACCAGCCUUGCUUUCUCUGAGGAUAUAUGUGGUCGGUUCAGGGCGCUUGGUUGGAACACAAUUGAAGUUGACAAUAUACAUGAAGAUCUGGGAUCAUUCAGUCGGACACUUCUUUCUGCUUCUAAACAAAUUGAGAAGCCAACAUUUAUGAAGGGGAAAACUUUGAUUGGGAGGUUAUCUGGAAAGGAGGGAACAUCUAAGGCUCAUCAUGGGAUUUUUUCUGAUGAUGAUGUCAUGAAGAUGAGAGAAAAAGUUUGUUGGAAAGAUCGACAUCCUUUCCAUGUUAUACCAAUGGUCUACAAAGAAAUGCAGAGUCAUACAGAACAUGGAGAAAGUAUGGAAAGGGAGUGGAAUGCAACACUUGAAAGAUACGAACAUGAUUACCCAAUGGAAGCAGCAGAAUUCAAAAUUCUUCUGACUGGUCGACUCCCUCCAAACUGGGAGUCAUCCCUUCCUAAAUGGUCAGAAUCUGAACCUGUCGAUGCCACUCGUGGGUACUCAGAGAAAUGCCUGAACCACCUCGCAAAAGUGAUCCCGGGCCUAAUUGGCGGGAGCGCUGACCUUGCAAGCUCCAAUAAAGCAUAUCUCCAUGGCUUUGACGACUUCAAGCAACCUGCUUCCCCAUGGGGCCACAACAUCUGCUACGGCGUCCGUGAACAUGCUAUGGCGGCUAUCUCCAAUGGCCUUGCGCUCCACCAAAGUGGCCUAAUCCCCUUUGCUGCCACCUUCCUCGUUUUCUCUGACUACAUGAAGGGUGCUAUUCGGCUCUCUGCCUUGAGUGGAGCCCAUGUUCUUUAUAUCUUGACUCAUGAUUCAAUAGGGUUGGGUGAGGAUGGGCCCACACACCAGCCUGUCGAGCACCUCGCAGGCCUCAGAGCGAUUCCCCAACUAUUGGUGUUCCGUCCUGCAGAUGCUAAUGAGACAUCAGGAGCAUAUAAGGCUGCCAUGGAGUACCAAACUGGUCCAUGCGUUAUCUCGCUUUCAAGGCAAAAGGUGUCAGCAAACUUGUUGUGGUCGUGUAUGGAGAAAGUGAGCAAGGGGUGGUACAUAGUGAGCGACAAUUCAGCGGUGGACAUGCCUGAGAUAAUAUUGGUCGGGACGGGGCCAGAGUUGAGUUUGUGUGAAGAGAGUGCAGAGAGGUUGAGGAAGGAGGGAAGGAGAGUGAGGGUGGUUUCACUUGUUUGUUGGCGAUUGUUCAAUGAGCAGUUGAGGGAGUAUAGGGAAUCGGUGCUGCCAAGUUCUGUACGGAAGCGGAUGAGUGGGGAGGCAGGGUCUCCACUUGGGUGGAGGGAGUAUGUAGGAGGAGAAGGGGUGGUGCAUGGAGUGUGUGGGUUUGGUGCAAGUGGUACUUAUUUGGAUACUUUCACUAAGUUUGGGUUCACACUGGAUAAGGUUACUAGGAUAGCAAGGUCUUUGUUGGGGUGAGGUAAUCUUUUCUUGUUCUUACUGCAUUUUACUUGCAUAUAUAUGCUCUACUUGCAUUUAUGCUCGUCAAGAGAAUCUUACUUGCGUACAUGCUCCAUGGAGUGAAGUAUCAUUUUCUUGCUCUUGGUACAUUUUACUUGCGCACAUAUGCUACAUGAGAUCCCAUCUUAGUUGGCCCAGAUUGUCACAUAGUGAGCAAAAUAUGGACAUUUUUCCGCUCCCAGAGUCAUGCCGAGCCUGUAAAUAACUGAGUCAAGCAUCGACUUCAGCUUCUCUGAAAUAUCAUAUAAUAUAUUGUAUUACAUUCUCACAUUGAUAUUGAUUUAUUUAUUUUUUUCCUUG